GAUUAUGUUACAAGAACAAGAAAGCCUUCCAUUUUCAGGUUCUAUGACACACAGUUCAGGGGUCCAUCAAAUGACAACAGUCGAUAGUUAUGAUGUGUCUGCAUCUGACCAAAGCGUCCUUGUUCAGCCAAACAUGUGCCACCCAAAAAAGGGUACUCGGCUGAAGAUCAGUCCAUCUGGAAUUUCUGUAUCGCCUAUUGCUUCGGAAGGCCAAGUUGUAAUUGAUGCGCAAAAACAUAACAGUGGAUGUAAGCGGCGACACGACACUAGCUGGUAUUCCCAAUUGGCACCUGAACAAAAAGAAGCAUAUUUACAAAGAGGCCGUGAGUAUAAAAGAAGAAGAAAGUCUCAAGACGCAAGUUGCAGCCAUGCACAAGAUACAUCUGAUGGGGCAAUUAGUAGUAAUUUACAAAAUACAGUUGGAUAUACUCAUGUGCAACUACAAGGUCAUACCAGCCGUCAACAUGAAUAUCUCAUCUACCUGCCAAAGGAUUCUUUUCCUGCCAUUCAAGAUAACAUUGGGGAAACAUGAGAAAUGCUUGGAUAUAAUGAUGACCCUGACGAAGAAAUUCGUAUGUUUAGUGGGCAUGGUAAGUAUUACUGUACUUAAUCGACAAUACUACUUUUAAAUAUGAUUUGUAUUUCUAAUCUAGCCUAAUAAACAAUGCAGGUUUUGAAUUUUAGUCGUAUUUAGAAAAUAAUAAUGCCCAAAGUUGCAUUCAGGCAGAUCCAUAUGAUCAUAUAUAUCAAAAUUUACCCACUGAUUAUCAUCUUCUAGAUCUAGUUCCUGACUGUAGGCAUUGCAAUGCAAAAAGGUUCCACUAUGAGAAACCAACGUUUUGUUGCAUGGGUGGAAAAGUUAAAAUAGUAACUCCACCAGUCCCUGAUGAAUUACGUCGACUGUACAGCAGCCAAGAUCCAGAUGCGAAGUAUUUCCGGGAUAACAUACCUUACUUCAAUUCUCACUUCUCCUUUACAUCUCUUGGUGUUGUCUUG